CGGAACCGGCCGACCUCAUUGACUCACCGAGUGCCAUUCUUACGACACGAGUUAUUUCGGAUUUCGCUUCUAAGUAGUUUGGGUGUGUCGUCUAAUAAAAAAACAAGACUUUUCCAUAAUGAGCGGACAACAGUAUUACCCCUACAAGUGCACCCCAACGGUGUACCCCGCGGAGCCCUUUGACCCCGCUUCUGAUGCGGAGACGCUUCGCAAGGCUAUGAAAGGUUUCGGCACAGAUGAGAAGGCCAUCAUUGACGUUCUCUGUCGUCGUGGUAUCGUCCAGCGCCUGGAGAUCGCCGAAACCUUCAAAACCAACUAUGGAAAGGACCUUAUCAGCGAACUCAAGAGCGAGCUCAGUGGCAACUUGGAGAAUGUUAUCAUUGCUCUGAUGACACCUCUGCCCCACUUUUACGCGAAGGAGUUACACGACGCCGUCGCGGGGAUUGGUACUGAUGAGGAAGCUAUCAUCGAAAUCCUCUGCACACUCUCUAACUACGGCAUUCGUACUAUUUCUGCAUUUUAUGAACAAUUAUACGGCAAGAGCUUAGAGUCUGACCUCAAAGGCGACACUUCUGGCCACUUUAAACGCCUGUGCGUGUCUCUGUGCAUGGCCAACCGUGACGAGAACCAAGGCGUUGACGAAGGUUCAGCUAAAGCUGACGCGGAAGCCCUGGCGGCUGCCGGUGAAGGCCAGUGGGGAACUGAUGAGUCAGUCUUCAACUCAAUCCUUAUUACACGCUCUUACCAGCAAUUGAGACAGAUCUUCGCUGAGUAUGAAGCGCUCGCCGGCAAAGACAUCGAGGAGACUAUCAAAAAGGAAUUCUCUGGAAGUGUAGAAAAGGGAAUGCUUGCUAUUGUUAAGUGCGUGAAGAGCAAAGUAGGCUUCUUUGCUGAACGUUUAUACUACUCCAUGAAGGGGAUGGGCACAAACGACAAGACCCUUAUCAGGAUUGUGGUCAGCCGGUCUGAAAUCGACCUUGGAGACAUCAAACAGGCAUUCCUCGAGAAAUUCGAAAAGCCCUUGGAAGACUGGAUUGCGGGUGACACUUCCGGAGAUUACAAGAAGGCCUUACUUACACUUGUUGAAUAAAGGACUGUCAACGCAUACGCAAACCUAUAACUAUUUUAUGUUUGUCAAUUGUUAGGUUACACAUUAGGCUAAACAAAUUCACCAUAGACAAAUGUCGAGUCGGGUGUAAAUUUCUCUAAAGAUCUGUAUAUUUUGCUUCUUCACUAUCUAUGUUUACUUAAGCACAAGUCACAGUAGUAGUAGUAACUGCUUAGUAUCGUGCACGGGCUUGGGAUUGAGGCUUGUAGCUUGUUUUUACAAGUAGUUGUGAAUUUUUCAGGAGGACAUAGGAGGUCCGCUUGGUCAUCUCUUAUCAACUAUGUGUUACUAAGACAUCCCUUACAUACCGAGCAUCAUAACCCCGUUGAGCUCGAUUUUAAGUGAUAGUACCCUUGUUACUUUUGGUACAUUGCAUUUUAAGAUAUAAAUAAUAUAUUUUGUAUUGUAAUCUUUAAAUUCGAUUGCACGUGUUUGACUAUAGAAAUUAUGGGCCAGUUUCUACUUAUUUUGCUGUAGUAUAGUAUUUUUUUUAAUAUUGCAGGAAGACCUAACUGGUGACUUCAGGAAUGUGCUAGUCACACUUUGUGCUUAAAUCCUGCAAAAUUUUAUUUAAAAACAAAAUCUAAUGUUUUUGCAUGUUUUAUAAAUCGUUAGAAUAAUGUAAUAUUUUGCAGGAUGAUACUAAAGGGGACUACAAACGCGUGUUACUCACCCUUGUCUCAUAAGAAAAAAAAGAGAUCUAAUUUCAGUAUGAAACUGCCUUAAUGUUGAUGUUAAAGAUAUAUUUGCUUGAUAUUUUUGUGAAAAUGAGAUAUUUAUUGGUGCUGUAGUUUUGUUUAUGAUGUAUUUUCAUAUACCGAUUCAUUCAAAUAAAACUAUGUAUGUUGUAAAA